UUGGAACGAUCCAGUGAAGAUGUGGAUAUAAUCUUCACACGGCUGAAAGAAGUUAAAGCUUUUGAGAAAUUUCACCCAAAUCUCCUUCAUCAGAUUUGUUUAUGUGGUUAUUAUGAGAACCUGGAAAAAGGAAUAACAUUAUUUCGCCAGGGUGAUAUUGGAACAAAUUGGUAUGCUGUUCUGGCAGGGUCUUUGGAUGUUAAAGUAUCUGAGACCAGCAGUUACCAGGAUGCAGUGACCAUCUGUACCCUGGGAAUUGGGACAGCCUUUGGAGAGUCCAUUCUGGACAACACACCCCGCCAUGCGACCAUCGUUACCAGGGAGAGCAGCGAGUUGCUCCGCAUUGAGCAGAAGGACUUCAAGGCACUAUGGGAGAAAUACCGACAGUACAUGGCAGGACUUCUGGCUCCUCCUUAUGGUGUUAUGGAAACGGGCUCUAACAAUGACAGGAUUCCUGACAAGGAGAAUGUCCCUUCAGAGAAGAUCCUCAGGGCUGGAAAAAUCUUACGAAAUGCUAUUCUUUCUAGAGCACCUCAUAUGAUAAGAGAUAGAAAGUAUCACCUAAAGACAUACAGGCAAUGCUGUGUGGGAACAGAGCUGGUGGACUGGAUGAUGCAGCAGACUCCAUGCGUUCACUCCCGCACACAGUCUGUUGGCAUGUGGCAAGUCCUGGUAGAAGACGGAGUUCUCAACCAUGUGGACCAGGAGCACCAUUUCCAAGACAAAUAUUUAUUUUAUCGAUUUCUGGAUGACGAGCAUGAAGAUGCCCCUUUGCCUACUGAGGAGGAGAAAAAAGAAUGUGACGAGGAGCUCCAGGAUACCAUGCUGCUGCUGUCGCAGAUGGGUCCCGAUGCCCACAUGAGGAUGAUCCUCCGAAAACCACCUGGCCAGAGGACUGUGGAUGACCUAGAGAUUAUCUAUGAAGAACUCCUUCACAUUAAAGCCUUAUCCCAUCUUUCUACCACAGUGAAACGGGAGUUAGCGGGAGUGCUCAUUUUUGAGUCUCAUGCCAAAGGAGGAACUGUGUUGUUUAACCAGGGGGAAGAAGGUACCUCCUGGUACAUUAUUCUGAAAGGAUCAGUGAAUGUAGUCAUUUAUGGCAAGGGUGUGGUCUGUACCUUGCAUGAGGGAGACGACUUUGGCAAGUUAGCGUUGGUUAACGAUGCCCCCAGAGCUGCCUCUAUUGUCUUGAGAGAAGAUAAUUGCCAUUUCUUAAGAGUAGACAAGGAGGACUUCAACCGGAUCCUGAGGGACGUUGAGGCGAAUACAGUCAGACUGAAAGAACAUGACCAAGAUGUCUUGGUGCUGGAGAAGGUCCCAGCAGGGAACAGGGCUUCUAAUCAAGGAAACUCACAGCCUCAGCAAAAGUAUACUGUGAUGUCAGGAACACCUGAAAAAAUUUUAGAGCAUUUUCUAGAAACAAUACGCCUUGAGCCAACUUUAAAUGAAGCAACAGAUUCCAUUUUAAAUGACUUUGUUAUGAUGCACUGUGUUUUUAUGCCAAAUACCCAGCUUUGCCCAGCCCUGGUGGCCCAUUACCACGCACAGCCUUCACAAGGUACAGAACAGGAGAAAAUGGAUUAUGCUCUGAACAACAAGAGACGAGUCAUCCGCCUGGUUUUGCAGUGGGCAGCAAUGUAUGGAGACCUUCUGCAAGAUGAUGAUGUAGCCCUGGCUUUCCUGGAGGAGUUUUAUGUGUCUGUAUCAGAUGAUGCCAGGAUGAUUGCUGCCCUCAAGGAACAAGUGCCUGAAUUGGAGAAGAUUGUCAAGCAAAUUUCAGAAGAUGCAAAGGCACCACAAAAGAAGCACAAAGUUCUCCUGCAACAGUUCAAUACCAGCGAUGAGCGAGCCCAGAAGCGCCAGCCUGUCCGUGGCUCUGAUGAAGUCCUGUUUAAGGUCUAUUGCCUGGACCACACCUACACAACGAUCCGGGUGCCCGUGGCCGCCUCCGUGAAGGAAGUCAUCAGCGCUGUUGCCGACAAGCUGGGCUCCGGGGAGGGCCUGGUUAUCGUCAAGAUGAGUUCCGGAGGAGAAAAGGUGGUGCUCAAACCUAAUGAUGUUUCAGUAUUUACGACGCUCACCAUUAACGGACGCCUGUUUGCUUGCCCGCGAGAGCAAUUCGAUUCACUGACUCCCUUGCCAGAACAGGAAGGCCCAACUGUAGGAACAGUGGGAACUUUUGAACUGAUGAGCUCCAAAGAUUUAGCAUACCAGAUGACGAUUUAUGACUGGGAACUCUUCAACUGUGUGCAUGAGCUGGAGCUAAUCUAUCACACAUUUGGAAGGCAUAAUUUUAAAAGGACCACAGCAAACUUGGAUUUGUUCCUGAGGCGAUUUAAUGAAAUUCAGUUUUGGGUUGUCACUGAGAUCUGCCUUUGUUCCCAGCUCAGCAAACGUGUUCAGCUCUUAAAAAAAUUUAUUAAGAUUGCAGCCCACUGUAAGGAGUACAAAAAUCUGAAUUCCUUUUUUGCCAUCGUCAUGGGACUAAGUAAUGUCGCUGUGAGCCGCUUGGCACUAACGUGGGAGAAACUGCCAAGCAAGUUCAAGAAGUUCUAUGCGGAGUUUGAAAGUUUAAUGGAUCCUUCAAGAAACCACAGGACCUACAGGCUGACGGUGGCCAAGCUGGAGCCUCCACUCAUCCCCUUCAUGCCUUUGCUCAUUAAAGAUAUGACAUUUACUCAUGAGGGGAACAAGACAUUCAUUGACAAUCUAGUAAACUUUGAAAAAAUGCGCAUGAUUGCAAAUACUGCCCGAACAGUGAGAUACUACAGGAGCCAACCCUUCAAUCCUGAUGCAGCUCAAGCUAAUAAGAACCAUCAGGAUGUCCGGAGUUAUGUACGGCAAUUAAAUGUGAUUGACAACCAGAGAACUUUAUCACAGAUGUCACACAGAUUAGAGCCUCGCCGACCGUAGACAUUUAAAGUGCCCAGAACAGUGGUUUGUCUCCAGUCCGCAAUCUUUCAAAAAUGCCAUUUAUGCUACCACUUGACUGUAUUGUCACUAGAGAAUUCUACAAAACAAGCAAAAAACAGCCUGAAACACCUCGGGGCUGCAUUCAGCUUACCAGCGUCAUAACGAGAGAAGACAUUAUUGGACUUGCAUAGAGCUUGCACACUCUAGCUUAGGAAUGCCCACUUCGUAGUCACCCCACUUCAUUUCCAAUUGUGCCAUCUUCUUUGCUGAAACCUAAAAUAAGGCCACAUGAAGAGUGUGGUAGAAAUACACCAUUGUCAUGAGAAUUAUCAAGCCCCUGACAUUUUUCUGGGAGUGUUGACAAGCUGAGAUGAGCUAUGAAUGGGAUUUGUUGGGCUACAUCAGUGGUGAUAUCGUUUGCUAAUUUGUAACUUAACAUCUUAAUUUGGAGUAUUAGGUUUUUGGAAGGCUUGCAGGAUCCGUGUAGAUUGUAUUUGUCCUUCUUCAUAGUCUUACCUCUGAAGAGAUUGAACCGGUCCACAUUACUGUAUAACAUAAUGGCCAAUUGUGUAAUUUAAGAAGGACUGGUCUGUAAUUUCUGGAUGGCAUAUAGAAUAAUAUUUAUGUUUACAUGUAACUUUUUUAAACUUACAAAUCAGGAUUACAUACUUAAGAAUUUCACUAAGAAACUCCAAGGUUCUUAAAAUUGCCAGCGUAAAAAAAAAAUAAAUAACAUUUCAGAAGAGCACAAUAUGCACAAAACAUUUUUCAAAAUUAAAAUAUUUUCCUGGGCAUUAAAAACCUUUACUAUUGGCUAAUUAUUAUUACUAAUUAAAAUACACAUAUUUUAUGGAGUUAAAUGUUAUUAUGAAUACCUUAAUUUUCAGCAAUUAUUUUGCACUUUCAAAUAGAUUGUAAAUAGUUCAUUCAAUCAAUGGUAUAGUUAUUUAUUUGCUACGUAAUAGAUAUUGUGCCAAAUAAUUACUUUUUAUUUAUUUUAUUUAGAAUGUAAUUUUCAAGUACAUUUUUUCCUGUUAGGAAAUUAGGCUACAUUUAAUGUGUAGGGAUUGUAUGUAUGUAUAUCUCCUGUAAAUAACAGCUACUAUCUUCAUUAAAUAUAAUUGUUGACAAGAAAUGGUUGUGUUGUUCUCGAUUGUUAUAAAAUGGGAGGAAGAUGAUGAGAUCUUAGUAUGGUGAGAUCCUGGAGUUUUUAGCUGAAAUAAAAUUCACAUACUAUAAAA